AUCUCAGUUUAUCAACAGCAAUGGAAAAUGAAUAAUAGCGUUCUCUGAACCAGACCACCUUACCCAAGAAAAUGAAGUCUCUUGAUUUGUUUUUGCUCCUUUUGAUCGUAGCUUUUACAGUUUCAAGACCCGUGGAAGCUCAAAAUCAAGCAGGAUUCAUCAGCUUGGAUUGUGGGUUGGUGCCUAAAGAAACCACUUACUUGGAGGCCACGACGAAUAUAACAUACAAAUCAGACGCAAAUUACACCGACAGCGGAUUGGUCGGGAAGAUCAAUGAUGCACACAAAACACUGGUUCAACAACCGCUUUGGGCCGUGAGAAGCUUCCCUGAGGGUCAAAGAAACUGUUACAACUUCAACCUUACCGUGAACAGAACAUAUUUGAUCAGAGGAACUUUUAUGUAUGGGAAUUAUGACGGCCUGAAUCAAUCCCCAAGCUUUGAUCUUCACAUCGGUGCUAGCAAAUGGACCUCUGUUAACAUAAUAGAAGAAACAGAUACCGUAAUGCCCGAGAUAAUCCAUGUCUUAACACAAGACCGUCUUCAAGUCUGUCUUGUUAAGACGGGAAAGACGACACCGUUCAUUUCGUCGCUGGAACUUCGUCCGUUGCAAAAAGGCACUUACAUCGCGCAAAGUGGAUCAUUGGUCUUGCAAAGUAGAUACUUUUCAUCUGAUUCAACAUCUAUCAUCAGGUAUGAUGAGGACAUACACGACCGAGUCUGGAAUCCAAUUUCAGAUGAUGGUUCCUCAUCGAUAAGCACGGACCUCGAGGUCCAAACAAAUAACUUCUAUGAUGUGCCUCAAGCCGUGAUGAAGACUGCUGCUAUCCCUAAAAAUGCUAGUGCGCCAUGGAGCUUAGUUUGGACUAUAGAGAACACAACUGCGCUGUCAUAUGUAUAUAUGCAUUUCGCAGAAAUUCAGAAUCUAAAAGCCAAUGAAAGUAGAGAAUUCAACAUUACUUACAAUGGUGGCAAGCUCUGGUAUCCCCAGUUUAGGCCUAACAAACUCAGCAUUAUAACCAUGUACAGUCAAGUCCCCUUGACUUCUUCAAAUGGCGUGUAUAAUUUCACUUUCGAAAUGACUAGUAACUCAACUCUUCCACCCCUUCUCAACGCCCUUGAGAUAUACACAGGUGUAGACAUUCUACAGCUUCACACAGACAAGGACGAAGUUUCUGCAAUCAUGAACAUCAAAACGACAUAUGGUUUGAGUAAAAAGAUAAGCUGGCAGGGAGAUCCAUGUGCUCCUCAGCUAUAUCGGUGGGAAGGUCUAAAUUGUAGUUAUCCGGACUCCGAGGCAUCACGAAUCAUAUCCUUGAACUUGAAUGCGAGUCAGUUGAACGGUACCAUAACAUCUGACAUAACCAAGCUAACACAGUUGAGCGAGCUAGAUUUAUCAAAUAAUGAUUUGUCAGGAGAGAUUCCAGCAUUUUUGGCUGAUAUGAAGUCGUUGAAACUAAUAAAUCUAAGCGGAAACCCAAAGCUCAAUCUCACAGUUCCAGACUCUCUUCAGCAAAGAGUAAACAGCAAAUCUUUAACACUAAUUUUGGGUGAAAAAGUACUGAAUCCCACUCCCAAAAAAGAGAGUAAAAAGGUACCAAUGGUUACUAUUGCAGCGUCAGUGGCUGGCGUGUUCGCUCUGCUAUUAAUAUUGGCCAUCUUUUUCAUUGUUAGAGGAAAAAAGGGGAAACGUAAUGAGGCUCCAGGACCACCCCCAUCAGUCACUAGUGGUAUAGUUAAAAGUGAGACAAGAUCAUCCAAUCCAUCAAUCAUGACAAAAGAUCGCAGGAUCACAUAUCCCGAGGUAUUGAAGAUGACUAACAACUUCGAGAGAGUUCUUGGCAAAGGAGGCUUUGGAACAGUGUAUCACGGAAACUUGGAUGAUGCUCAAGUAGCUGUAAAAAUGCUCUCUCAUUCAUCGGCUCAAGGUUAUAAAGAGUUCAAAGCAGAGGAUGCAAAUAGCCGUAGAGGCGGCACAAGGUGAAGAAAAAUAUGCUCUUUACUUUUGUCUGAGUCAUUACCAGAAAAAAUUGUUUCUUGAUAUUCUUUUUUUAUGAUGUCUCAAAGCAAACUUGACAUAAAUAGGAACCAUUUUU